GUGGCAGUCAGCUGUUUUGGUGUUGUGUGAGACGGAUGUCAGCACCGGUACACCUCGUCACGGCUGACUUAAAGGCCCUCAAAGCACACCGGUGUCUUCUUCCAGUAGAGUGGACAGCUUGCAGGACUCUCACCCGAGGACCUGCCUACUGCUACCACCUAGGACAGUACUACAGUAGAGGCCGUGACACCACACUGCUGCAGGCCCUUAGUACUUCAACAACACCAGCAACAAGUCACCCGAGGCCAGUAAUGGUGGUGUUGCCCAGCCUGCCCACCCUCGCCCGGACUGCAGCCAUUGGAGGGGUGAUUGUCAUUGGCAGCGCACAUUACUUCAGAGGGCGGAUCCAGGAUGGCAUCAAGCAGACCGAGUAUUACCAAGAGAGUCUGAGAAUACUUAGAGAAAACAGAGGUGUUGCCUACCUGAUGGGUGAGCCAAUCAGGGACGGCAGGCUGGACUUGGGCGACAACGUGAACAAUUUUUGCACAGAGAAGGAGGCUCAGUUCCAAGUUCCCCUCAAGGGGACAAAACAGGCAGGAAUUUUGUAUCUUUGGGCUUCACGGUCUGCCGGCUUGCAGCCUUGGAGUGUUGAUCGUUUAGAGCUCAGUGUUGAGGACCAGCCUGGAAAACGUAUCCUGUUGAGGAAGGAGCUCACACGUGCAGAAGCCCCAUCACCAGUCUUAACAUACAUCCACAACACUACAACAGAGUGGAAAAAUGGAUGAGGACAAAAUAUCAUCUCAUGCAGAGCUGAAGAAGUGUUUCCAGGAGGCUGUGAGUCACCUGUUGGAAGCCGACCCACUCCUGUCUGAUCUCCAUCCACAAGUCACUCUUGAAGAGGUAAGAGUGCUGAAUGAACUAGAGCAUGGUCGUGCCAUGAAGGUGUAUGUGGAGAAGGCUGAUGGUGGGCUGUGGGGUGUGGUGGUGCCCCUAGAGGCUACUGUACACGACCUAAAAGUGGCUCUCAGGAAGCAUGUUGCUC